AGCGCUCAUAAGGGAGGGACGAACCAAGUCAAGUUUGGAUUCAGGAGCGCACGGCCACAGUGAGAGCGACGGCACCAGGGGAGACACGGAACAUCUUUUCAUUCUGUUCCGUCUUAUUUCCCCCAUUGACUGCACUGACUGCUGUCCUGGUCUAUUUUUUAUUUUUUUCUAAAUAAAGAGGGAUCCUUGAUUGGACACACAGGAGGAAAGGAUGAAGCCUUCCCCGGGGUUGACUCUGAUGUUUCUUCUGAUAGAUUUGCAGGCUCAAGAGUGUGUCGCAUCCAAAGCGGAGGACCGGCUCUUCAGGAAGCUUUUUAGACGGUACAACCAGUUCAUCAGACCAGUGGAGAAUGUUUCUGAUCCUGUUACCGUGGAGUUUGAGGUCUCCAUCUCGCAGCUUGUUAAAGUCGAUGAGGUGAACCAGAUCAUGGAAACAAAUUUAUGGCUCCGACAUAUUUGGAACGAUUACAAAUUAAGAUGGACGCCAGCAGAGUUUGAUGGGAUUGAGUUCAUCCGAGUUCCCUCAAACAAGAUUUGGAGACCUGACAUUGUUCUCUACAACAAUGCUGUGGGUGACUUCCUGGUAGAGGAUAAGACCAAAGCACUGCUGAAGUAUGACGGUACGAUCACCUGGAUUCCUCCUGCCAUUUUUAAAUCCUCAUGCCCGAUGGAUAUCACCUACUUCCCUUUUGACUAUCAAAACUGCUCCAUGAAGUUUGGCUCCUGGACUUAUGACAAAGCCAAGAUUGACCUUGUACUCAUUGGCUCCAAGGUAAAUCUCAAAGACUUCUGGGAAAGCGGGGAAUGGGAGAUCAUUGACGCUCCGGGUUACAAACAUGACAUCAAGUACAACUGCUGUGAGGAGAUCUACCCGGACAUCACGUACUCCUUCUACAUCCGUCGCCUGCCGCUGUUCUACACCAUCAACCUCAUCAUCCCCUGCCUCCUCAUCUCUUUCCUGACAGUGCUGGUUUUCUACCUCCCAUCUGACUGUGGAGAGAAGGUCACGCUCUGUAUCUCCGUCCUGCUCUCCCUCACUGUGUUCCUGCUCGUGAUCACAGAGACCAUCCCCUCAACAUCACUGGUCAUCCCACUCAUCGGAGAGUACCUGCUCUUCACGAUGAUCUUCGUCACACUCAGCAUCGUCAUAACCGUGUUCGUGCUGAACGUGCACUACCGCACGCCCAUGACGCACACCAUGCCGUGCUGGGUGCGGUCCGUGUUCCUCAAAGUGCUGCCCAGGAUUAUGCUGAUGCGUAGGCCGAUAGAUGAGGAGGGUAAGGCCGGGUGGUUGGAUGGCAGUGGGGAAGCAGGAGGAGCUGGAGGGGGAGGAGGAGGCGGAGGAGGGAAAGGACGGAGGAAGAGGAAGAACAGCUUGAUUCAGCAGGUUGGAGAAGGUUCCCUCAACUGUCUAGAGUUUGGUGGGGACAGUUCGGCCAUGGAGGGCUGCACUGGCAAGAAAUGUCCCUGCCCCUGCCAGCAUGUGAGGGAAACCCCAGAGACACCAGAGUCUGGAAAGGUGCCUCGUCAGCUGAGUCCACAGGACAUAAACACGGUGAUGGCCUUCUCCGUGGUGUCGCCCGAGAUCAGACAGGCCAUCGAGAGCGUCAAGUACAUAGCUGAGAACAUGAGGAGCAGGAACAAGGCCAAAGAGGUAGAAGACGACUGGAAGUAUGUCGCUAUGGUCAUCGACAGAAUCUUCCUCUGGGUCUUUGUGACGGUGUGCAUCCUGGGAACCCUGGGCCUCUUCAUCCAGCCCCUUUUUGGUUUUGUCUCAUAACCGUCGUAAAUCUCAGGGUUCUCAGCCACAUUGUGACAACCAACACUAAGAGAAGUCUCCUUUCUCAGUCAACUCAUUACUGGAUGCAGUUCUGAGCCUUAAGGCAUCACUGGAUGUGUUGGCUGUCCCCGAAAAAAAGCAUUGCAAAGUUAAGAGAAAAUUUCAAUUUAAUUUGUUGGUGUACUGCAAUAUGGUAGCGAAGAUUUUAAUGUAGUUCUUGUAUGUGUCUGAUGACUGCUUAUUUUUACCAAAGGGAUUAUCUUAAUUCUCCCCUUGUCAUGUAAAAUUUAGGGUGUGGUGGUUCUUUCAAUGAUGUGGUAGAUUUUGAUUUUUGGAUAGUGGAUAAAUAGCCAUACCUGCUUAAGUUCUUAAAAAAAAAAAUAACACAGCCAGAAAUAACACAUCUGGGCUGAUAUACAGUACAGACCAAAGGUUUGGAAACACCUUCUAAUUGAAAUCAAUUAGAAGGUGUUUCCAAACCUUUGGUCUAUACUGUAUAAACUAGGUUGUUGAGUUUUAGUUCUGAUUUAUAUGUGAUGUAGAUGAAGGUAAACUGAUGACCAGCGUAAAAUGUUAAAAAAAAGCUGCUGCUGAAAAACCACAGCCAUUGAAUCAGGGAAGUAAUUUGUACAUUGAAGAAUACGUACACAGAAAAGAAGGCUGUAAUGUUUUAAUGACCUGGUCAAACAAAACAGAGCCAUGUUGCUCUCCAGUUGGGUUACAUAAAAUAACAGGGUAGUGGACCAGCAACACCACUUAGAAGUAGGGUUUUAAUGCAGGCCUCUGACACCAAUCAUGCAAAAUUGCAAUGAUCAGGUUUUCAUCUUAUAUUUUAAAUGAGAUCGGAACAUAUACCUUUAAACAAAAUGAAUAAUUUUAAAAGAUGAUUAUUCUGGUUUGGGUUGAAAUCAGCACCACAUUCAGUGAUACUUAGGAGUUGAACAUCAUCCAAUAUUUGCCAGUGAACUGGAAACUUUCAAAACAAGCACCUGACACAAACUCUCUCUAACCUGUCAAACUCGACCAUUCAUCCACCAUCCAAUGAGGUGCACAACUGGAUAACUGGAACACAAGCUGUUCAAGUUUCUAUUGUGAAAGGCAAUUUUAAUUAUUUGUGGUUUUGCAUAAGUUAUGUUCUUUUAAAUUUGGGGCAUUACUUGCAGGACUAUUUUUUUUGUUUCUGACAGUUUAUUUAUUUAUUUAUUCAUUAAUUAAUUUAUUUAUUUAUAGCAAUUACAAAAUAUGUCAUUACUGAUGCCAUGUCUGGUUAUUGUUUUAUAAGCUAAUUGAAUGGCCUUGUAAAUGCUCAGUGAAAUUAUGCUUGAUUAGUUUCUCUUAAAAUAGCAGCCCAUUUAUGAUUCCAUCAGAGGGCUCUUAAUGCCCAAUUCCAUGGCUAAUAAUUAAACCCUUUUUUUUAAUGUCACUCAGGAUUAGUCUUAUUACUGAACUCAAAAGUGUAUAAGAUGCAUGCAUGAGAAAAAUGAUGAAUGCUUUCACCCCAGAGCUUGGUGAUACAGUGAGUUAAUGAUUACUGUAACUAAUAAUAGCCCAUGAUUAUCUUUUUCUCUGUGUGUGAAUUUGCUUGGAUUUGUACAACAGGAUGUGUGUUUCCAGUUAACUCUGCCAAAAGCACCAAAAGAGAAGAGAAAUUAAAAAAGCAAAAAGCAACACAAUCAUUUGCCUUCGAUAAGGUACAAUCACAGGCCAUUUAUUAGGUCCACCUUUUCAUUUGCUCACUAGAAAUAGCACAAAUAAUGCAUCAGCCAGUUACAGAGACUCAAUGUGUUUGGGGUCCUUGAUGUGGUAAAGUUGACUUGCAAAAAGGUCAACAGCCGAAUGGCGAUUAAAGGGGAUUUUAAUUACUUUGAGGGUGAGAGGUCAUUAACAACUAUCUCUCAAGUCUACAGAGAAUAGUCUGGGAAAGAGAAAAUAUCAAGUAGGCGCCAAUAGUGUAAUAGAUGAAGAUGAGUUCAGACUGGAUCACAACGGCAGAAAGGUAAUGGUAGCUCUGAUAACCCCUUGUAGCUACUAACAAAUGAAAACUACAGUCUCUGACAGAACAACACAUUGACCCUUUUGCAGAUGGGCGCCAGCUAAGAAAAAGAAAAGGAUACUAAAAUUCACACAGGCUUACUGGAAUGGGACACAAUCGAUUGAAAAAGUGUUGGCUCGUCUUACUUUCAGUUUUUCAAAAGGGGGUCCCACAUGGCCCUGGCAAGGUGCACCUAAUAAAUAGGCCAGUGAGUGUGUAGAAUUACCUGUAAGUACAAAAGUUUGUCAAACCAAGUUUUGAGGAAAAAGAAGAAAUGUUUUACGUAAAAAAAAAAAAAAAAACAGUAGAAAAACGGUUAUUUUUGUAGAAAUGAGUGAAACCAGAAAACAGUUCCUACUAAAUAAAACAUAAUGUAAUUUGAACAUAGAUAUGAUUACAUAGUGUUGACAUCUUUGUUUUAUUUUAUGACAUGAUGGACUUUUGACAUUAAUGCCAUCUGGUUUUUCUUUAACUUUUCUGGAAAAGUUCAAUGUUUUAUUG